AUGGACCUGCGUCUUUUAUGUUUACUGCUCUUCCUGGUGACCUCACUGCCUGACGGUUACUGCGUGAUCGGGAAUAGUGGCGUAUCCUUUAAGCCAUGUACUUCAGAAGGAGGCUAUUGCUUUUUUGGUUGUAAGCUAGGAUGGAUAUGGAUUAAUUACUGUAACAACAUAAUGUCCUGUUGUAAGAAGGAUACUAAGCAUUCACUUCCUCAAACCAAAGGUGUGUGA